AUGCGAGUAAAGGCAAAAUUCGCAGAUGAGAACGGCUACAACCAUCCCCUGACUCUGCUCGCGGCGGGAGCUAUAGCGGGCGUGCCGGCCGCCUCGCUCGUCACGCCCGCUGACGUCAUCAAGACACGCCUACAGGUAGUAGCUCGAUCAGGUCAAACGACAUACAAUGGUGUGAUCGACGCUACCAGGAAGAUAUACGCCGAAGAAGGUGCUAGAGCUUUCUGGAAGGGGGCUAUAGCCCGUGUGUUCCGCUCGUCGCCACAGUUCGCGGUGACACUCGUGACGUACGAAAUUCUUCAGCGCCUCUUCUAUGUGGACUUUGGAGGAUCACGACCAGCGGGUUCAGAGCAGACCAUAUCGACGCCGAUAGAGGAGUCAGCACCGAAGCCGCACCACAUCGGCGGCUACCAGGUAGCGGCGCCCGUGCUCACCGGCCUCGAGACCAAGUUCGGUAUAUCUCUACCGAGAUUCUCCUUCAAACAG